AAACCCAGUCUAACUAACCCAGCUUUGCUCUCUCUUCAUCUCUCACUAUAUAUUCACCCUUCUCUCUCCAUUUCUCAACUCUCUGCCUUCUUGAAAUUAACAGAAUUAACUCCAUUUUAUCUCUCUAAAAACAGCUUAUUUCUCUCUCUAAAUUGGUAAAAAGGGAAGCCAUGGAAAGGAAUGAUCAGAGAGGAGGGAGUUUAUCCUCAAGAGGUUUAGAGGAAUCAAAAGGGGAGCAUAUCAUCCAUAUGCAUGAUCUGGAGGCUUGUCUUCUUCGUCCUCAAGAAACAGAGGAACAUCACUCGCCAUUGUUAUCCCAGUUUCAGACUCCGCAGCUGCCUAAUACUCCUCCUAGAAGAAGGUUACAUCCUAAUAACCCCAACCUUGAUACCAACCCCACCACUCUUCCUCCCUCCUGCAACCCCCACCCCCACCACCAACACCUGGGUUUUCGGUUUCGUCGUCUUUUCGGGUCUCCUCGGCUUCUCCAUGCUUGUCCUAUAAUCGUCAUACUCUGUGUAAUCCUUCUCUGGUGGUUCUCUUCCCCAGUGAAUUUGGCAAUCAAGGAUGGCAGGUUCAUAGAACAUUCCUCUAAUCUAUGGCCUUUUGCUCUGAAUGAGACCGACCUUACUUUGAGCCGUCAGACUGUUUUGGCUGUUGCUACUUCGCCGAAUCCCAACAUUGAGCUCAUCAUGUCGAUGGUCGAUAAGGCGGCAUCUUCAUGAACAGCUGUAACGGAAGUGUGCACUCUUCUGGUCUGUGUAAUGUGCACUUAGCUUCAAACAUUUUUCAUUUUCUUUUUACUGUUUUAGCUUUUAGUUACAAUAAUACGAAACUCUAGGAUGGAGUAAUAAGUAGGCUGAUAAGGCGGGUGAUGGUGCAUUUUCAUGAGCAACAUCAGCAAUUGAAGUGAAGUGUACACUCUUCUCAUCUGUGUGAUGUGCUACAGAAGUAUUAGUUUGCGUUCUUUACUCA